CAGGACUAUCCACCGACUGACAACCAGCCAGCCAUGGGCCAGGAUUAUUACUCUGUGCUCCAGAUCACUCGCAAUUCAGAAGAUGCCCAGAUCAAGAACGCGUACCGGAAACUUGCCCUUAAGAACCACCCUUUGAGGUCCACUGAGCCAUCCGCAGCGGAGACAUUCAGGCAGAUAGCAGAGGCCUAUGAUGUGCUGAGCGACCCUGUGAAAAGAGGCAUCUACGACAAGUUCGGCGAGGAGGGCCUGAAAGGUGGAAUUCCUCUGGAGUUUGGAUCCCAGACCCCAUGGACAACUGGUUACGUCUUCCACGGCAACCCAGAAAAGGUUUUCUAUGAGUUCUUCGGGGGAGAUAACCCCUUUAAUGAGUUUUUUGAUGCAGAAGGAAAUGAAGUGGACUCGAACUUUGGUGGGCUCCGGGGCCGAGGGGUCAAGAAACAGGACCCCCCAAUUGAACGAGACCUCUACCUGUCCCUGGAGGACUUAUUCUUUGGCUGCACCAAGAAAAUUAAGAUCUCCCGAAGGGUGCUGAACGAAGAUGGGUACUCCUCUACCAUCAAGGACAAGAUCCUCACAAUUGACGUGAAGCCUGGUUGGAGGCAGGGCACACGUAUCACUUUCGAGAAGGAAGGGGACCAGGGUCCCAACAUCAUCCCAGCUGACAUCAUCUUCAUCGUAAAGGAAAAGCUACACCCCCGCUUCCGCAGGGAGAAGGACAACCUCUUUUUUGUGACCUCCGUCCCCUUGGGCAAGGCUCUGACCUGCUGCACUGUGGAGGUGAAGACCCUAGAUGACCGUCUGCUCAGCAUCCCCAUCAAUGACAUCGUUCAUCCCAAAUACUUCAAGAAGGUGCCAGGUGAAGGGAUGCCGUUGCCAGAGGACCCCACCAAGAAGGGAGACCUCUUCAUUUUCUUUGACAUCCAGUUCCCCACCCGCCUUACACCCCAGAAGAAGCAGCUUCUGCGCCAGGCAUUGCUGACGUAA